AUGCCAACCAUUCGUGUCUUCCUCACCAUCGCCAUGCAUCAUAAGUGGCCAGUCCAUCAAAUGGAUGUGGCAAGCGCUUUUCUCCACGAUGAUUUAAAUGAAACUGCCUAUAUGACCCAACCCCGUGGCUUUGAGGAUAAUCUAUAUCCAAAACACUACCUUACAAUUACCAGACCUGACAUCGCCUAUGCGGUUAAUGUCCUUUGCCAACAUAUGCACGAUCCUCAGUCGACACAUUUUCAUCUCCUCAAACGGCUGCUCAGGUAUAUUCAGGGAACCGCUCAUUUCGGACUUCCAAUCUUCGCAGACUCUCUUCAACUGAGAUCCCUCUCCGACGCUGAUUGGGCUGGAGACACAGUCACUCGGAGAUCUACAUUUGGCUACUGCACUUUUCUGGGAUCUACCCUCAUCUCGUGGAGUGUCAAACGACAACACACUAUCGCCCGCUCCUCUACGGAGGCUGAGUACCGAGCUGUAGCUGCUGCUACAACAGAUAUACUAUGGCUAAGAAGCUUACAUAUUUCCAUGUUCCUAUAA